CGGGGGCAAUUUGAUUAACUUUUUGAAAUAAUCAAAUAUGAGUGUAUAAAAGAUUUUUAGCGGCUCCCAAAGGGACACAGUAGGAGCGGGGGUGAUCAAUUAGAUCCGCACGAACGCUUGGCCGAUUUCCCCGAUUCACCAGUUCUGUUCUAUGAGUAUGACCAUGGCCGCGUCUGCUGCUACCACCGCUCGUCCUCUUUAUCUAAUCAAAUUCCCUAAACGCCCUCACCUUUUAUCAGAUUCACAAUUUCGCCCUCGGCUACUCAGUUCCCAAACCCAAAGAACCACUAUUCGUGCUACAUCGGCUGUUGUUGUGGAGUCGGAUUUAAGUACAAAGCAGGAUCAGGGAACAGACGUUGAUUUAUUUGCAUGCCCGAUAUGUUAUGAACCAUUGAUAAGAAAAGGUCCUGUUGGCCUGAACUUAUCAGCAAUCUACAGGUCUGGUUUCAAGUGUAAGAGAUGUCAAAAAUCAUACACUAGCAAAGACGGGUAUUUGGACCUGACAGUGACUUCUGGGUUGAGAGAUUACAUUGAAGUUCAACCGGUUAGGACUGAACUUUUUAGGAGUCCCCUUGUUUCAUUCUUAUAUGAAAGAGGUUGGCGCCAGAAUUUUAGGCAAAGUGGCUUUCCUGGUCUGGAUGAAGAGUUCAAAAUGGCUCAAGAGUACUUUGAACCAGCUAAAGGUGGUCUGGUUGUGGAUGUUAGCUGUGGAAGUGGUUUGUUUUCCCGAAAAUUUGCAAAAUCUGGAACCUAUUCUGGAGUCAUUGCACUAGAUUAUUCAGAAAAUAUGCUUCGUCAAUGCUACAAUUUCAUUAAGAAAGAUGACACACUUUCAACCACUAAUAUUGCCCUUGUAAGGGCAGAUGUUUCUAGGCUUCCCUUUGCGCCAGGUUCAGUUGAUGCUGUUCAUGCUGGUGCCGCUUUGCAUUGCUGGCCAUUUCCUUCAAACGCUGUUGCUGAAAUCACCCGUGUACUAAGAAGCGGUGGAGUAUUUGUCGGAACCACUUUUCUUCGUUAUUCUUCAUCGACUCCCUGGAUUAUACGACCCUUCAGAGAGAGAAAUUCUCAAGGCUAUGGGUUUUUAAUAGAGGAAGAAAUCAAAGACCUUUGCACCUCUUGUGGUCUUGCAAAUUACUCAUGCAAAAUUGAGAAGUCUUUUAUUAUGUUUACGGCUCAGAAACCAUAAAACUAUAUAUGAUCCAUUUGUAAAAUUUAUUCUCCUACAUUAUUAAUAUAAUAAUUAUACAUCAGUAUUUGUUGUAUUAUUUGUUCUAUCUGUAAAGAAAUUGUAAAUAUACCGGAAAUAGAAAGGUGAAAACCGGAGGAGUCUCUUGUAAAUGUUCACAGGUUAGUAAUUGUAUCAUAUUUUGAUUUUGAUGAUACUUA